UGAAAUACUCACAGUCGUGUCCCUGACAUCCUUUAAUUUGAGCCCAGCAGCCUUGGGGUGCACACUCACACAGACGGGGAUCAUCUCGUUUCCAGACCCAGCCAGGGACAAGGAGAGCCGGUCGGAUUUAGUUUUACACCUUCCUCGGGCCAGAUCUCAUCCACCAGCCCAGAUCUGGAUUUUUUUUAAAGCCCAAUCUCCAAAGCUCCCCCGAGGUUUUUUCCCCUUUCGAUUUUUAAUAUUUUUGUGUUCGCAACACCAACAGGAGAGAAAACAUGGGAGCCCAGCUUGCAAAGGGUGGAGUAGCUGUGGAGGGGAAAGUCAUCGUCGAACCUGCUGCUGCCAAAGCCAACGGCCAGGAGAACGGUCAUGUGAAGACCAACGGCGACGUGUCUGCCAAGCCCGACGGGGAAGUGGCCGCCGCCGAUGGAAACGGAACAGCUGAACCAGCCAAGGAGGGUGAGGCCAGCGCUGGAGAUGCCAUCGAGCCGGCUCCUGCUGCUGAGGGCGAGGCCGCCAAAGCAGAGGGUGAAGCAGCCAAGGAAGUCAAGAAGAAGAAGAAGUUCUCCCUGAAGAACUCCUUCAAGUUCAAGGGCAUCAACCUGAAGAAGAGCAAGAAGGCCGGCGAGGAGGGCAAGGAGGAGGCCACUUCCCCCACGGCCGAGGACAAGCCCGAGGAGAACGGCCACACGGCCAAGGAAACCAAAGAGGAGACGCCGGCCCCUGAGGCCAAAGAAGGCGAGGCCGCCGCCGCAGCAGCAGCAGCUACACCAGAGGGUGAGACCAAGGCUGCAGAGGAGGCCCCAGCCACAGAGGCUGCUCCUGCUGAGGAGCCCGCUGCCCCCGCCCCCGCCGAGGUCACAACACCCGCAGCCCCCGAGGGCGAGGCCAAGGCAGAGUGACUGCUCCCCGUCACGGCACCUGAACUGAUUUUCCAAGAUUAAAGUAUAUAAAUAUAUAUAUGAGAGACUCGUGCCACGUUCUUAAAGUUAUAAACAAAACUACAAAAGAAGACAAAGGAUAUAUCACGUUUGCUGAUUCAACCACCAGUUCACUGCCUUUUAUUAGUUCUUCGACAGACGGAAUCUCACCGGGCCCUCUCAUGAUGAAAGUGUGGGCUUGUGUCGCCCCCUCAUGGUACACACAGGGACUGGCAUGUUGCAAGGUAAUGGAUUGGAUGGGGAGCGAAUCAGGAAUACUGACUUAUUUUCCCAGUUCAUGGAGAAGCAUCCUUUUUAACAGCGUGGCAGCCCUAUAACAUUUUAUUUUUCUUUCUCAUCUAUCUUUGGGAUCUAAAAAUCGUCACUGUUGUGGAGCGGGGCAGACCAUCUCCUUCACUCGAAAUGACUGUUAUACGGACACAUGAAACCUUUCAAAUGAUCUUCAUUUUUAGAAUUCUACAUUCCUAUGUUUUACCCCAAAAAUUUCAAGUAUUUUGUCAUGUAUAGAAAAGUGAAAAUCGAGGAGGGGAGGUGGAAAAAGAGCAAUGUCUUUGUUCGUGCAUUUUCAUUCUUUUUCUGGCUAAAACUACAUUCAAGCUUCUUGAGUAUUGCAGUGUUCACAUUUCAGAGUUUAUGACGCAGGUUUUUGGGAUUGUGUACAAAAUGUGAGCUUUUUAUCUGCAAACUGUCUCUGUAAAUAUGUUUUGGCCAAUAUUUUUGGUUCUCUUUAUUUUGCUAUCGUUUGAAGAUGUUAAUGGUUUUAUUGUAACUUUUAAUAAGGGUAAAUAAAUGUCUGAUCCCCUC